GCAGUUGCUCUGCACGAUUUUACUCCAACGGAAAGCGACGAAUUGGCAUUUUCCAAAGGCAAUAGACUUCAGAUAAUUGGAAUGGAAGAAGAUCCUAAUUGGUAUAAGGCUAGAUUAGGUGGAAAGGAAGGAAUGGUUCCAGCCAAUUACAUUUCAGUUACGAGCAAUCUUUGGUAUAUAUCUAGGUGUAGUCGAAAGGAGGCCGAACUUCGACUCUUAGAGAAACGACCAGAUACAGGAGCAUUUAUCCAGCCAAAUGGAGCAUUUCUGCUCCGACAGAGUGAAAACAAUCCAGGGCAAUUUAGUAUCUCUGUCAAUUUGUGA